UGUUGUGAUGGGAUAAAAUGGCGAAGUAUGAUAUGGAGACAAAAACAAACCAAGUCAUAGUCAUGUUCUCGAAUCUUGUUGCUUUUUUAUAUUUUUAGUUAGGAGAAUCCUGUGGCAUUUAUGUUCUUCUACACCGCCCAUUACAAUGGAAGGUUAUUACGCAGAUGAAGCGGCUUCAGAAUUCACUGAUAUACCAGCUACGGACACCCCAGUAUGGAUUUUAGGGGUUAAAUACAAUGCUUUACAUGAUGCUGCACAAAUUAAAAAAGACAUUUGUACAAAAAUUUGGGUAACCUACCGGAAAGGCUUUGUUCCUAUUGGUGAUACGGAAGGAAUUACAUCCGAUAAAGGAUGGGGUUGUAUGUUGAGGUGUGGUCAAAUGGUUUUGGCACAAGCUCUCGUUAAUUUACAUCUAGGAAGGGAUUGGACGUGGAGUCCUGAAACAAAAACUGCAGAAUAUUUACAGAUUAUACAUCGAUUGGAGGAUAGAAGACAAGCUCCAUUUUCCAUUCAUCAAAUUGCCCAAAUGGGUGUUUCGGAGGGAAAAGCUAUAGGACAAUGGUUUGGACCUAACACUGUGGCUCAAGUUUUAAAAAAACUAGUAAAAUACGAUGAUUGGACAUCAUUAGAAAUUCAUGUUGCCCUUGAUAAUUUAUUGAUCAUAAAUGAUAUUCGUGAAUUAUGUAAAACUGGUGGAAUAUCGUGGAAACCUCUACUUCUGCUAGUGCCUUUACGCUUAGGACUAAAUGAAAUCAACCCAAUUUAUAUAAAAGCUUUACAGAAUUGUUUCAAAUUCCACCAAAGUUUAGGUAUAAUCGGAGGAAAACCAAAUAUGGCUUUAUGGUUUAUGGGUUUUAUGGGUAACGAAGUGUUUUGUCUUGAUCCUCAUACAACACAAAAAUCAGGAACUAUUGGAAAGAAAGAGACUGAAGAUGAGAUAUUAGUUGAUUUAACUUAUCAUUGUAGAAAAGCGCCAAGAAUGAAUAUAUUAACGAUGGAUCCAAGUAUAGCUUUAUGUUUCUUUUGUAAAACUGAAAAGGAUUUUAAUGAUCUUUGUGAUAAUAUUAAGGAACACGUUGUUACAUCCGAUAACCAAAUGCUUUUUGAAAUUAUAUUAAAUAAACCAACGGCUUAUUUUUCGGAAUCAUUUGCUGAAUCACCGAAACAUUCGCCGAAUCUAACAAAACACAGCGAGGAUUCCGAUGAAUUCGAAGUACUUUAAAUAAAAUUAAGAAAAAAAAGUCACUCGCUAAUAUUAAAUAGGUCCUUUUUAUCAUUUUCUUCCUUAUAUAUUUUUUUUUAAUAAAUAAAUACAAUAUUUGCCUAUAGCUGUUUUAAAUUUUGUUUAUAUAUUAUAAAUGUAUGUUUUUUUUUCUUUGCAGUGUGUAAUUUGUUAAUAGUACAUAAAAUGAUUACAUGGUAAUCUCUCUUGUAUCACGUUGUAUUUAAAAAGUCUCAAUGGGUUUGUCAACUGUUAUUGUAUUACCUAAAACUCAAUAUUAUCUUAUUUGUAUGUUGUGGAUUUCGUUUUCUUUCAAAAAUAAAAUCGAACAAUUUUGCAACACAACGCUUUUAUACUGAAAUUGUAUGAUAUUAAGUCAAAUUAUUAAAAAAAUAUAGACAAUUUUCAAACAUA